AAAGGCAGAGCCGGAAGUUGUGCUGUGCUGCGCCGCGGCUAGCUUCAUGCUAGUGGGAAAAAGCACACAAUCACUUCUGAAGGACGGAAAGAAACGCCGCCGUUGUCCGGAACAUUUCCCCACGUUUUGUACCUGCUCAGCGCCAUAAGAUAAAAUCAGCAGAGUCUCUGCGGCGCGUCGGAAGCUUUGGCAAUGUCCGGACAGAGGAGAGGAGCCGCAGCACGGCUGCCCAAAUGUGCCUUCUGCAAGAGCAGCCGGGACAAGGAGUGCGGCCAGCUGCUGGUGUCCGACAGCCAGAAGGUGGCAGCCCACCACAAGUGCAUGCUUUUCUCUUCGGCUCUGGUUACGUCACACUCCGACAGCGAAAACAUCGGAGGGUUUUCCGUCGAUGAUGUAAAGAAGGAGAUCAAGAGGGGAAGCAAACUGAUGUGCUCCUCGUGUCACCGGCCGGGCGCAACCAUCGGCUGCGACGUCAAGACGUGCCGGAGGACGUAUCACUAUUUCUGCGCGGUGAACGACAAAGCCCAGAUCAAAGAGAACCCGUCGCAGGGGAUUUAUCUCGUUUACUGUCGCAAACAUCGGGAUGCGUCUCAGGAUGAUAUUCAAGCAGACGCAGAAGAGGAAGGCGUGGCCAACGACUCGGACUCGUCGCCUCCGCAGAGUCGGGGCAGGGGCAGAUUCGAGAAGAGCCGAGCUAAGGUGACGUCCCGCGGCCAGUCGGAAGAAACCCGUUCCACUUCCUCCUCGCAGGCUGCCGACGAGGAGAGCUCCUCCCACCGGGACAGGUCACCGCUCCGAGCCAGCCUGGGAGACGCCGGCCAGCGCUGCGGCUUCUGCCACGCAGGCGACGAGGAAAACCAAACGAGAGGCGUGCUGCACACGGAUAACUCCAAGAAAGUGGCCGCACACUACAAGUGCAUGCUUUUCUCGUCGGGGACGGUGCAGCUGACGACUACGUCGCGGGCCGAGUUUGGCAACUUCGACGUAAAAACAGUCAUCCAGGAAAUCAAGAGAGGCAAAAGAAUGAAAUGCACACUGUGUAGUCAGCUGGGUGCUACUAUUGGGUGUGAAAUUAAAGCCUGUGUGAAGACCUACCACUACCACUGUGGGCUACAGGACAAGGCAAAGUACAUAGAAAACAUGGCCCGCGGCAUUUACAAACUCUACUGCAAGAACCACAGCGGGAACGAGGAGCGGGACGAGGAGGACGAGGAGCGAGAGAACCGUAGCAGAGAGAGGGCAGCGAUCGACCACGGAGGAACACCGGCGACGCAAGUAAACGGCAACUAGGUUUGUGACGUGGAGAGAAGCUGAAGAACGUUUUUAUACUAAAUUUUAGCCUACUCACACAGUCAUGGUCCAGGAGCUCCCUUUGGCCUCCCACGUGAUUUCUCUUUUCUUUUUCUUUUUCUUUUUAUUUUUUUUUUAUACAUUUCCCCGUAAAAAGGUUAUAACGUUCCAAUGUGCACCAGGUGUCGUCUUUAUGAGAACCUGUCUGGAGUCGGCUGGGUACUUGUCGCAGAUCAGUGUCACCCUGUUGAACACUGGACCUUCAGAGCAGGAUGAAAAGCAGUGGGCUAAUCUUUCUGCAGAUUGGUCAUCAUGGGGUGCAGAUUAAAGGCAUUAGUAUGAACAGAUGGACUGUCACUUUUUGCCCCCUCGCGCUUUCUCAUCCCCCAUAUCACACGAACCACACUCAUGGAAAGGCAAGACUUCUUCCUGCCUCCGUUGGACUCACUUUUAAGAGGGGUCUGUUUGUUACUAGUCUUUCUGAAGUUGUGCAGUUUGAUUACCUUGUUUCUGAUACCAUGUCUUAAGAAGUACUCUUCAUGUUAGCCUUUCUUUCUUGAUAAUGUAAUAUUUUGCUACUGUACUCCCGAUCAUCAGUACUUUUGAAUAUCCGGAUUUCAGACGGCGACGAGCUUUGCCAGCAUGCACUUGGAUUUUUCCCACUGUUAAAGGUGGUGUUUAUUUUUGUUCUUUUUUUUUUUUUAUCUUGUUGCUAAAGGGCAGCGUAGAGGUCUUUAGGGGAAGGCGGGCGGACCUUGUUUUGGUGUACUGUUUACUUGUAACUCAAAUGUAUUCAUGGAUGAUUGGAAUAGAAAAUAUUUUGUUUUACACAU